GCACAGCAGUGAUUGUGUAACAACCAGAGAGCUGCAGACCAGACACUCAGAGAGCAAGGACAUUUAGAAGACAACAACAUCCAGAGAACUACCAUAAUGUCAGACGAUCAACCCUCUUCACCUUCCAGCGACUCGUUGUGCCCGGGCUGCCAGGGUGAAGGGUCGCUGCCGCUGCCCUGCGGACACACUCUGUGCCAGGCUUGCCUGCAGCUGUGUCGGGAUGAGCUGGGACAGGACGGGUCAGGCUGUACCGAGUGCUAUGGCCGUGAGCUGCUGGACAGCGUGCUGAAGGGGCUGCUCGACUCACUGUUUCAAGGGCAGCCGCGGCGGGUGGGAAACGCUGUGGAGGGCGGAGAGACGCCGGAGGAUGGAGGUCUGUGCAGACAGCAUAGAGAGAGACUGACUCAAUACUGUAUGGAGGACGAGGAGCUGAUCUGUGAUCAGUGUCAGGGAGAGGAACAUGAAGCUCACGAGUGCAGCUCCAUUGAAGAGGCCACAGAAGAAUGUAAGAGGGAGUUGAGAGCAGCUCUCAGACCCCUGCAGGAGAAACUGGAGAUGUUAAACACAGCCAAGCAAACCUGCCAGGAAACUUCAGAACACAUCAGGAGACAGGCCCAGAACACAGUGCGUCUGAUAAAGGAGAACUUUGAAAAUCUCCAUCAGUUCCUGCAUGAUGAGGAGAUCUCCAUGCUGAGAGCUCUGAGUGAGGAAGAGGAGAAGAAGAGCCAGAAGAUGAAGGAGAAGAUGGACAAACUGACAGAUGAGAUCAUGACCUUAAGAGAAGCCAUUAGCUCAACUGAAGAGGCCAUGAGCGCUGAUGACAUGGCUUUUCUGAAGAACUACAAGAAGAAUUCAGAACGGAUGGACUGCACCGUUCAGGAUCCAGAGGAAAUCUCUGGAGCUUUGAUUGAUGUGGCCAAACACAUCGGCUCGCUCAAGUUCAGAGUGUGGGAGAAGAUGCAGACCGCCGUCACGUACACUCCUGUGAUCCUCGACCCCAACACCGCAGACGUCUGCGUGGCUCUGUCCGACGACCUCACCUCCAUCCGCUACAUGGAGGAAGACCAGCAGGUCCCAGACAACCCCGAACGCUUCAGCUUCUACGAGUGCGUCCUGGGCUCCGAGGGCUUGGGCUCCGGCCGGCACAGCUGGGACGUGGAGGUGGGCGACUGCAGCGAGUGGGCGCUGGGGGUGGUGAAAGAAAGCGUGCAGCGUAAAGAGUGGUUCCCGCCGAGCCCUGAGCGCGGCAUGUGGACCAUCUGCCUGUACGGAGGAGAGUACCGCGCGCGGACGGCCAGCAGCGCUCCUCUGACGCUCAAGAAGAAACCUCAGAAGAUCCGGGUUCAGCUCGACUGGGAGGCCGGCAGAGUCAUGUUCUCAGACGCCGGAGACAACUCUCUGCUCUACAAGUAUAAGCACAAGUUUACGGAAAAAGUGUUUCCAUAUUUCUCCAACACAUGUAAAAGACAUCCGCUGCAUAUUUUAGCGGAGAAGGUGUCUGUGUACACAGAGUAACUCGACAAACAUUUCAUGAUACACACUAUUCUGAGUCUGAAGGACUGAAGUAGUACAAGAAUGACUUAAAGGGAUAGUUCACCUAAAAACUUUGUCAUCAUUUACUCACCCUCAAGCUGUUCCAAACCUGUACGAAUUUCUUAUGCUGAAAACAAAAGAAGACAUUUUGAAGCAUGUGGGGAACAAAACAAAAAAUAAAAAUUUAUUACCAGUGUUGAAAACGGUUGUGCUGCUUAAUAUUUUUGUGGAAAUCGUGAUAAUAUUUAGGAUAUAAAGUUCAAGCAUUUAUUUGAAAUAGGAAUAAGUUGUAACGGCGUGCAUUGUGUGUUUUUAUUGUUGUAUCUAAUUAUCAUAGACGACUUAUCAUAAUAGUAAUUAUGAAAUACAAUCAUUUUAAUUAUCAUAAAAACUAAUGCAUUCUUGCUAAAUAACAGUAUUAAUUUCUUUACAAAAAUACACAUUAAAUUACUGACCCUAUACUUUUGAAUGGUUGUGCAUCUGAAAAAUGACUAAUUAGUACAAGGUUUGAGAAAAUUCAAAGCUUCUGAGUACAGCUGAAGAAACUCCCAGCAUGAGGUGGAGCUAAUGCUUGUUGUUGAUGUGGUCUUUGUGCUGAAGCUCUGUGAACUCUGAAUAAAGCACUGAUGACAUCUCCAGCUGUCCAGCCUCAUCAGCCCCAGACCAUGACACGUGUUUCUGGAGAAAACAGACACUCGCUCGCCUCGCCAGAGCACACAGAAGUCUCUUUACCUUUUCCUGUGAUCAUGACUUUGCAAACUCGAGACGCAUGCUCAGAGGAGAACCUUAGAUUACAACAUCAAGUAUAUUACCAUCUGUAACAUCUUACAACAGAAACCUAACACUAUGUAAAUGAGCAAAUAUCUGUGAAUGUAAGAUUCUUUUCAGAAUAUUAGAUUGCUGCUUAAUAUUGUGCAGUAUAAAUAAUCUAUCUUUUUAAAUAGUGGAUAAAACCAUCAUUUUGCAACAAUAAAGUUUUAAAACAUU